UUUUACAAUUCACAAUUCACAAUUCACAAUUCAUAAAACCCUCUGCAGUUUUCUUUUCUUCUCAAACAACACAUUUCCAAAAAAGGUGAUAAACCACAGAAGGGAUAGCGAACGACGUCGUUGCGUGUUGCCGCCAUGAACUUCUUCGCGUCCGUCUUCUCCGAGGAACCCGAUUCGCCGACACACCGAUCCGAACAACCGGAUCCAGAUCACGAUGAUAACGAGCCCCCCACUGCGGACGCAGAAAACUCUCCAUCCGGCGAUGCAUGGAGCUUCGGAGGCCUGAUCCAAACCCUAGCGUCCAAAUCGGAGUCUGUUCUCGAGAACUACCGCCGCGAUCUCGAGGAUUUCAGCUCCGGACUGAGGAUGGAGACUGCGGUGAUCCGUGAGGCAGCAUCCCGUGCCGUCAAGGAUCUCCCAUCCUCCCUCGACGCCGGCGCCACCGUGGCGCAGGAGUCGCUCGAAACCGUCGGCCAGGCCAUAGACGACAUCGGCUUCACCGUGUGGAAAUCGACGGCUAAGAUCAUCUCUCACGGUAGGGACUCUCUCCUCGCCCCUGAUUUCGAUUCCUCAGAUUCCGAUAACAACAAUCUUGCUAGGAAUCGAUUGAGUAGUAGCGGCGGUAGUUUUGAUUUGAAACGUUAUAGUAGGUUUGAUGCGCUGGUACGUGCUCUUCAGAGCGACGUGAAUACCUAUGUGGAGGAUCCUGAGGAUUUGGAAAAUUAUGAGGAGUGGAAAUUAGGGUUUGUGUUGGGGGAUAAGGGUGAGGAGAUUGGGAAUUUGAUGGAGGAGAAUGGUGUUGUUGUGGGGAUUUAUAGAAAGGUUGUGCCUAGUAGGACUGAUCAUGAUAGCUUCUGGAGUAGGUAUUUUUAUAGGCUGCAUAAACUGAAUCAGGCCGAGGAGGCGAGGGUGAAGCUCGUGAAGCGCGCAAUUUCUGGAGAGGAAGAGGAGGAUUUGAGCUGGGACUUCGACGACGAUGACGACAAUGAUGAUGGAUAUGAGCUGAAAGGUAGCUCUGCCAGGAAUGCGCAGCAGCAGCCAGAGGUGGAGGGGGGAAAUUCUGCUGAGGCUGCCACGGGUUACAAUGCUGUUGAGAGUAUUAGUCCUGGGGAGAAGGAUUUGAAGAUAGAAAGUGAAGGGAAGGGUGUUACUUCUGAUUCUAGAACUGAUGGUGAUGAUAAGCCGGCGGAGGUGGAGUAUGAAAGGAAUGUGGCAUCUCCAUCUAGUGUUUCUGCAACUGUAAGUGAUGGUGGCUAUGGUGAGUUAGAUAUGAAAUAUGAAGAGAAAGAGGCAUCCGAAGUGAAGACAGAUAAUGAAAAUGGAGGAUCUUGCAAAGAUAGUGAUUUUUCUGUGGUUUCAAGCCAGCCUUCCACACAUGGGGAAGAAGACAUUGGGUGGGACGAAAUUGAAGAUAUUGUUAGCAAUGAUGAAAAUAAAGGGGAUGCUGGUGGGUCCACAAGUAGGGGUGAUUUGCGGAAGAGGUUGACUGCAGCAGACCAAGAGGAGGAUCUCAGUUGGGAUAUUGAAGAUGAUGAGGAGGAUGUUAAAUCAUAAACAAAAUGUCUUUGCAUUGAUCUUCGGUGCCAAGGAUGUGUGUGUUGGGGGUGCAAAUCCGAGCCAGUGCUUGUGCUUGGACAUAAUCCAGGUCUACAAGGACAUGGUAAAAUACAAUACUUUUGUGUGCCAAUUAAUUGAAAUUCACAAAGCUAGGAGCAGAAUAUGCAAUUCACAUCAUUGGAAUCAAAGUUAAUAACAACUAUUCCCAUUUCUGUGAAAAAAUGUGCUGCAAUCAUUCACACUUGCAUUGUUGCUACUAGGGUGCCUCCUAAGGCCUAUGCUAUGUUGCGAAAAUCAUAUCGAGAAACCGUGUCGUCAUGCUACUGCGUGGCGAAACACGU